CUUUGAGAUAGGGUGUGGUUUGCAACACCAAACUGCUUGAUGGUUCUCGCAGGUUCGUCCCGUUAUGGAGUGGUAUGCUGUCAAGAAAAGCUCGUAUCAUCAGAUUCAAUGGAAACUCGGGCAGAAAAAAAGAAUCUCGAGUUUUCAUUGCAGCAGCGACCAUUGCAAGUAGUUCUAGUUUCUCCCCAGAUUCCUGGAAACACUGGAACUACUGCUCGAACUUGUGCAGCUGUACUAGCGGGGCUACAUCUUGUAAAGCCCCUUGGAUUUUCUAUAGAAGAUUCCAAACUGAAGCGAGCUGGGCUUGAUUAUUGGAAGUAUAUAGUUGUCAAAGUUCACGAAUCCUGGCCACAUUUUCUGGACUAUUUUAGACAACAGGAAGGCGAGAAGCGUUUAAUCGCUUACACAAAGACUGGGAAAUGCUCCUACUUGGACAUGAGCUACAAACCGGGGGACUGGCUUGUGUUUGGAUCCGAGACCGACGGAUUAGCUCCCGAGAUCCACGAAGAGUGCUCCACUGGAGUCCACGCCGGUGGCACUGUCCGCAUCCCAAUGAACGAUGCAUUCGUCCGGUGCCUCAACUUGAGCGUAUCAGUUGGGAUUGGAGUCUACGAAGCAUUAAGGCAGCUCGAUCGAGGUAGAGCACUAGGCGAUAUAGAAAGUGAGAGAGAGCUGCCAAGAAUGCUGGAAGACGCCCACGCAAGCGUGGAUGGCUUUCCUUGAGAAACCCGUUGAGCAAAUCUAACAGUCAAAGUCAACAAAGAAUAUUCAUAGUC